GCCCUGAGCCCCUUCGCCUUCCUCUGUCUCCAACACCAAACCCUAACCCUAACCCUAACCAGAACCCGAAUCUGGCGAGCUCGAGAGAAAAGCCAAUGGCCAGGAGAACUACAUAGAAAUCAAAGACGGAGAGGGUUACAGAAAAAGAAGGGGUCAAAAUAGGGAAGCGAAUGGGAGCUCCGAAGCAAAAAUGGACGUCGGAGGAAGAGGAAGCUCUUCGAGCUGGCGUCGACAAGCACGGAGCAGGGAAAUGGCGGACCAUUCAGAAAGACCCCGAGUUCAGCCAUUGCCUCGCUACUCGCUCCAACAUCGACCUCAAAGACAAAUGGAGAAAUAUGAGUGUCAGUUUCAGCGGCCAGGGCUCUAGGGAAAAGUCGAGAACACCUAAACCAAAGGCUCUUCCACCAGUUCCUGUGUCUAGCUCAGGCCCUCCUGCAUUAACCUUGCCAAAAGAUGAUGGAGUGUCAGUUGCCUUGGAUGUCACAGGGAACUCACAAGAUGGAAAAAUUCCAGGGUACAGUGCGUUGAUAAUUGAAGCUCUUACAGUAUUGAAAGAACCUAAUGCUUCAGAGAUUGAAAUUGGUGCGAUUUGCAGCUAUAUUGAGCAAAGGCAUGAGGUGCCAGCUAACUUCAGAAGAUUGCUCACUUCUAAGCUGAGACGGCUUCAUAAGCAGAAUAAAAUAGAAAAGGGACAGAAAGGAUAUAGGCUCAAAGACUCAACCUCUGCUACAAAAACUCCGACUCCAAAACAAAAGGACCCGAGCCAACGCUCAAGGGUGGUUCAGAGCUCUUCCAACUCAGCCGACAGUGUAGGGGAAGCUGCUGACACCAUCGCAUACAAAAUCGCUGAGUCGGAGGCUAAAUCAUUUCUAGCGUCUGAAGCAGUCAAAGAGGCUGAAAGAAUAGCUAGUAUGCAUGAGGAGGCUCAGUCUUUGCUGAAGCUGACAGAAGAGAUAUAUGAGAGAUGUUUGCGAGGUGAAGUUGUGACCUUGGCGUAAAGUGAGUUUGGAGCAUGGUGGAUAGUUUCUUCAAGAAAUGUGUCUCUUUAUGAUAUAUAUCAUUUGUAGAUUAGGUAGAUUUCUACCCUGUUUCCUGUUUCAUCUUUAUUUAGAGGAUAAGUGGUCUGUAUGUGUGUAUGUGGGUGGAGGUUUGGGGUGGGCGGUUGUCACCCGUGUUGAGAAAUCAAAAAUCUCGAUGUAAACGUUACUUUUAUAUACAAGGUCAACAUGACCUUCCUUCGGUUUGCA